GCUAAAACACAAAAUACCUCAUUCGACUGACGAAGAGGCUUGUCGACGAUGAUUCCCUGCUAAAUCAACACACUUUUCCGCUUCUGGGUUUCUGUUCGAUUCGUAUAAGGUUGUGAUCGAUGAUUUGCGAGCUAUUCUUGAUGUUGAAAAUUACGUAGAUCGACGGUAAAACCCUAGUUUCGUCUAACAUUUGAAGCGGUUUAUGAUUGUUACCACUUUGGUAACCCUGGUUCAUCGAAGAUUUGGAGUGAUCUUUUGAAUGCCUACUAGCUUGUGUAUAUUUCGAAUUAAUGAUUUAUCUACUGCUGGUUCUUCUUCUCCAAUCAUUUUUGGAUAACUAAGAAGGGAAAAAAUUUAUUGCUUUGCUGGUUGAAUGGAGAAACGCAAAAGGGAUUAGUCGAUGAGGCGUUUAAUCUUUGUGCUGACUUUGAUGUAAAUUGUAUAUUUCAAGUGGCAAACAAGACUAACCAAGUACGAGAAAAAUGGAGUGCAAUAGAGAUGAAGCGAAGAGGGCGAAAGAAAUUGCCGAGAGGAAGCUUUAUGCAAAGGACAUUGCAGGGGCAAAAAAGUUUGCUUUGAAGGCCCAAUGUUUGUAUCCUGGCCUUGAUGGUAUUUCUCAACUACUAGCAACUCUGGAUGUCUAUGUUGCUGCAGAAAAUAAAAUAAAUGGUGAAUCAGAUUUUUAUGGGAUACUUGGUGUCAGCCCAUCGGCUGAUGAUGAUACUGUGAGGAAGCAUUACCGGAAAUUAGCUUUAUUUCUUCAUCCUGAUAAGAACAAAUCUGUAGGGGCAGAUGGGGCAUUUAAGCAUAUCUCGGAAGCAUGGAGUUUGGUGUCUGAUAAGGCCAAAAGAUCAGCAUAUGACCAGAGGAGGAAUGCUAAACUUUUUAAGCAAAAUGGAGGAACAACAGCGCCGCCGCCACCACCAGGGCAGAAUGGUUUCUACAAUUUCACAAGAAGUACAACCACUCGAACAAAGGGUACAACUACUACCCCAAAGGAUAAUACCAGUGCUACCACGAGCACUGGUCCCACCUCAGAUCCUUUGUCAUCUAAUAAACAAACGAAUCUGAAGACAUUUUGGACUGUAUGCCAUGGAUGCAAGAUGCAGUAUGAGUACUUAAGAAUGUAUCUACAUCAAAAUCUCCUCUGCCCCAAUUGCCAUGAACCCUUUUUGGCCAUGGAGACUCCGGCACCAAAUACCAAAAUUUCUACUAAGGCUUCAAAAAGUUCCAAAGGAGCCAGCAAGAACUCAUCUAACCCAGGAAGGCACAGGACAACAAGUCAAAAAGGGGAAUCAGGGCAUUUUGGUAAUCCAUCUAAUCACACAGGCUUCCAGUGGGGCCCAUUCUCAAAGACAACUGGUCCUGCAUCUACUGCUCAAGCUGCAAGCAUGGUUCAACGGGCUUACGAGAGAGUAAAAAGGGAGCGAGAAGAAGCUCAGGCAGCCAUUAGAAGAGAGGAAGCCUUAAGAAGGAAAAAGAACUCAAAAAGAGCAGCAAACCUUUCAUCAUCUGGGCACUUAAAUUCUGUGAAAAGAAAACAGGGUGCAGAAGAUGUUAACUCCACGAGUUUAUAUGGACUAAAGCAGGGUAACAUCGGACUGGUUGAUGCCAUGAAAGGUGUCUCAAUUACUGAUAUUCGCACUCAACUUGUUGAGAAGGCGAGGACUGAAAUCAGGAAGAAGUUGCAGAAAUGGAGCUCAGAAAGUGUGCUUAACUCUAAGGUUGGAAUGGAGGACAGAGUAACUGAAAAGGCUGGCAGGAAAGAGGAAGAAAAAGAUGGGGAUGAUUCGAUAAAUGGAGACUCAACAAAGAAUGCCAUCGAGCCACUCAUGAUCCAUGUUACAGAUCCAGAUUUUCAUAAUUUUGAUCGGGACAGAUCCGAAAGAUGUUUUGGAGAAGGCCAGGUAUGGGCUGCAUACGAUGAUGAUGAUGGGAUGCCGAGGCAUUAUGCCUUGAUUCGCAAGGUAAUUUCUAUGGACCCUUUUAAGAUAAAGGUAUGCUGGCUUAAUUCUAGAACCAACAGCGAGCUGGAUGUGUUUUCUGGGUUCUCGAAGGCAUUUGGUGAAUUCAGAACAGGCAAGCAUGAGAUCCUUUCUGUCUCUAAUUAUUUUUCACACAAGGUUCAUUUUUCAAAACUGGCAAAUGGGACUCUUCAAGUUUAUCCUAGAAAAGGAGAUAUUUGGGCUCUAUACAGAUACUGGUCUGCUGAAUGGAGUGAAGAAACACCAAAUGAAGUAAAACACAAGUAUGAAAUCGUUGAAGUUGACGAGUUGGAUGAAGAAGCAGGAGGUUUCACCGUUACUCAACUUGUCAAAGUUGCAGGCUUCAAGACAGUGUUUCACAGGCAUCUAAACCCUAAGGAAGCAAGGACAAUACCGGAAGGUGAAAUAUUCCGGUUUUCGCAUCAAAUACCUUCAUACUUGCUAACCGGUCAAGAAGCUCCCAAUGCUCCAAAGGGAUGUCGUGAGCUGGAUCCUGCAGCUACUCCUGAUGAAUUUCUUCAAAUUAUAGCCGAUGUACAAGAAGCAGAAAACAUUGAUGAUGAAAAUGAUGAAGGUUUGGGCAAAGAUUUUGCUUCGAAGAGUAAUAACGAGUCAGCAGUUUUAGCUGAUGUUAAGGAAGUAGUGAACUUGGACGAUGAAUAAUGGUCGAGUAGCAAUUCAAUUCGUUACCCCUGGAAAAUUUCCGCAUGGGUGUGAAGGUUUUUUGCUUGAGUUUGUCCCGGCUUUUCACCUGCAGUGAUCGAUGAAGGAAGAAAUUACUAUAACGAGAGGUGAGUGUGCAUUAUGCAGAUGGGACACUGUGCAUAAUAGUUUGUCCAGAAACUGCCUUUAUACUGGAUAUAUAUAUAUAGUCCUUUUUGGGUACUUAUUUAUGUUAUAUUUCAAAUUGAUAUUGUACCUGAAGAGCUGUAACAAUGCCUGUUUUGAUUUUGUGAUUCGAGGUCAAAACAUCACAUAUGAAUACAGUGGGAUGAUGGAUAUUAUUAGUAUUUACUAUUAAAGG